UCUGCUUCAUCGGCUUUAACACAUUCCAUCUUUUCUAAUCCCCAAUCAAAAUCCUUGACCUACGUAUUGCUCUCCGGCGUCGAAAGUCGUCUCCUCUCCGACGUCUCAACUGUUUUCUUCUCCGGCGCUCGAAAUCUAUACGACCUCUCCGUGAACUCUUUACUACUCGUCUUCGAAUUAUUUGUGCAUCUACCUGUUUGCUUCAUCAGAGCAUUGACGACGGUCGACGGGAAAUCGUCUUCUCUCCGGUGUCUCUCCUAUCCCGUCUUAACACAAUUCCAAUCAUGUCUUGGUGCACUAUUGAGUCUGAUCCUGGUGUAUUUACAGAACUUAUUCAACAAAUGCAAGUAAGAGGUGUGCAGGUUGAAGAAUUGUAUUCAUUGGAUAUUGAUUCCCUUAACGAUCUUAGGCCUGUAUAUGGAUUGAUUUUCCUUUUCAAAUGGCGUCCAGGGGAAAAAGAUGACCGUGUCGUAAUUAAGGAUCCCAACCCUAACUUGUUUUUUGCUAGCCAGGUCAUUAAUAAUGCUUGUGCAACACAAGCGAUCUUGUCUAUCCUUAUGAACUGUCCAGAUGUUGAUAUUGGCCCCGAGUUGUCAAAGUUAAAAGAGUUUACAAAGAACUUUCCACCUGAACUUAAAGGUUUGGCUAUCAAUAACAGUGAUGCUAUACGUGGCCAUAAUAGUUUUGCAAGGCCUGAGCCUUUUGUUCCUGAAGAGCAAAAGACUGCUGGCAAAGAUGAUGACGUGUACCAUUUUAUAAGUUAUGUACCUGUGGAUGGAGUAUUGUAUGAAUUAGAUGGACUGAAGGAGGGACCCAUAAGCCUUGGUCAGUGCCCUGGUGGGCAAGGUGAUGUUGAUUGGUUGCAGAUGGUCCAGCCAGUUAUACAAGAACGCAUUGAGAGGUAUUCUAAAAGUGAGAUAAGAUUCAAUCUCAUGGUGGUAAUAAAAAACAGGAAAGAAAUGUAUACAGCUGAACUCAAGGAACUUCAAAAGAAGAGAGAACGCAUCCUGCAGCAGCUGGCUUCCUUGCAGUCAGAGAGACUGGUAGAUAAAAGCAACUUUGAAGCACUUAAUCAGUCACUUUCGGAAGUGAAUGCUGGAAUUGAAGGUGCUACUGAGAAGAUUUUGAUGGAGGAAGAAAAAUUCAAGAAGUGGAGAACUGAAAAUAUCCGAAGGAAGCACAAUUAUAUACCUUUUUUAUUUAACUUCCUCAAAAUUCUUGCUGAAAAGAAGCAAUUGAAGCCCCUUAUUGAGAAGGCAAAGCAGAAAACAAGCAGCCCUAGUUGAUGGCCAUUAAUUGUUAUACUGGCUUAUUGAGCCUUUAUGAUCUUAUGGACUCUUUUCGAUGAAGAACUUUGUUGAUAGGACCUGUAUUUUUUUCUUGGUUAUAAGCUGAUACUGCUAUUUGUUUUAUUUAAAAAAAAAAAAAGAGUUUCAUUAAAAUUUAGCAGACAUUUAGAGCAAUGAUUGUGUAAGAAUGAGAGAUGAAUAUGAUAACGCAGGCGUGUCAGUGUGA